UCUGCGCAUGUGCAAGAGGCGCCGGAGUUUCACUUUGCAACUUUUAAGUGGUGGGGACACUGCCCCGCCCCUCCAGGUGCGGCCAGACCACUCCUACCCCCCUCCUCCCCGGCGCGCGCGCCGCGCCACCGCCACCGCAGGGAGAGAAGGCAGGAUGACCAGCUCCCCAUUCCUGGAUCCCUGGCCAUCCAAGGAGGUGUCCAUCAGCGAGCGCCUGGGCCUUGGGAACCAUCCCAAUGACUCCUACUGCUACAGCUCAGCCAAAAACAGCACUGUGCUUCAGGGGGUCACCUUCGGAGGCAUUCCCACUGUCCUGCUCAUAGAUGUCAUCUGCUUUCUGUUUUUAGUACUGGUGUUUUCCUUCAUAAGGAGAAGAUUCUGGGAUUAUGGCCGCAUAGCCCUGGUAUCAGAAGCAGGCAGUGAGGCCAGAUUCCAGAGGCUGUCAUCUUCUUCCUCAGGGCAAGAAGACUUUGAAAAUGAACUGGGAUGCUGCCCUUGGCUGACUGCCAUCUUCCGCCUGCACGAUGACCAGAUCCUGGAGUGGUGUGGGGAGGACGCCAUCCACUACCUGUCCUUCCAGAGGCACAUCAUCUUCCUGCUGGUGGUGAUCAGCUUCUUGUCCCUGUGUGUCAUCUUGCCUGUCAACCUCUCGGGAGACUUGCUGAAUAAAGACCCGUACAGCUUUGGGAGGACGACAAUAGCAAACCUGCAGACCAACAAUGACCUCCUUUGGCUGCACACCGUCUUCUCCGUCAUCUACCUCUUCCUCACUGUGGGCUUUAUGUGGCAUCAUACACGGUCCAUCAGAUACAAGGAGGAGAGCCAGGUGAGACAGACCCUGUUCAUCACAGGGCUCCCCAGAGAAGCCAGAAAGGAAACUGUGGAGAGCCACUUCCGGGAUGCGUAUCCUACGUGUGAGGUGGUGGACGUCCAGCUCUGCUACAGCGUGGCGAAGCUGAUGUACCUGUGCAGAGAGAGGAAGAAGGCAGAGAAGAGCCUCGCCUACUACACAAGCCUGCAGGCCAAGACAGGCCGAGUGACCCUCAUCAACCCCAAGACUUGUGGCCAGUUCUGCUGCUGCGAAGUGCAGGGCUGUGAGCGGGAAGAUGCCAUCUCUUAUUACACCCGAAUGAAUGACAGACUGCUGGAGAGAAUUACUGCUGAGGAGUGCCGGGUCCAGGACCAGCCCCUAGGAAUGGCCUUUGUCACCUUCCGUGAGAAGUCCAUGGCUACUUUCAUCCUGAAAGACUUUAAUGCCUGCAAGUGCCAGGGCCUUCGGUGUAAAGGGGAGCCCCAGCCAUCCUCCUAUAGCAGAGAACUCUGUGUCUCCAAGUGGACCGUUACCUUUGCCUCGUACCCUGAGGACAUCUGCUGGAAGAACCUCUCCGUCCAGGGUGUCCGCUGGUGGCUCCAGUGGCUGGGCAUCAACUUCACUCUGUUUGUGGUGCUGUUUUUCCUGACCACACCCUCCAUCAUUAUAUCUACCAUGGACAAGUUCAAUGUCACCAAACCCAUCCAUGCAUUGAAUGACCCGAUCAUCAGCCAGUUUUUCCCCACACUCCUGCUCUGGUCCUUCUCGGCGCUGCUCCCAACCAUCGUCUACUACUCCACACUGCUGGAGUCUCACUGGACGAGGUCAGGGGAAAACCGGAUCAUGGUGUCAAAGGUCUACAUAUUCUUAAUCUUCAUGGUGCUGAUCCUGCCUUCCCUCGGCCUGACUAGCCUGGAUUUCUUCUUCCGGUGGCUCUUUGACAAAACUUCCUCGGAUGGCUCCAUCCGGCUGGAGUAAAACCAGGCCUUUGAAUACGAGUUCGGAGCCAUGUAUGCAUGGACGCUGUGUGUCUUCACCGUCAUCAUGGCCUAUAGCAUCACUUGCCCCAUCAUUGUGCCAUUUGGUCUCAUCUACAUCCUGCUCAAGCAUCUGGUGGACCGGCACAACCUGUACUUCGCUUACCUCCCGGCCAAACUGGAGAAGAGGAUUCAUUUUGCUGCUGUGAACCAGGCCUUAGCAGCUCCCAUCCUCUGCCUCUUCUGGCUUUUCUUUUUCUCCUUCCUUCGUCUGGGUCUGACGGCCCCCUCCACUCUGUUCACCUUCCUGGUGGUUCUGCUCACCAUCCUGGCCUGCCUGCUCUACACUUGCUUUGGAUGCUUCAAGCACCUGAGCCCCUGGAACUACAAGACAGAAGAAUCAUCAAGUGACCGAGGAAGCGAAACAGAGGCCCAUGUGCCCCCAUCAUUCACACCCUAUGUGCCUCGGAUUCUGAACGGUUUGGCCUCCGAGAAGACGGCGUUAUCCCCGCAGCAGCAGCAGACAUACGGUGCCAUCCGUAACAUCAGUGGGACUCUUUCUGGGCAGCCUGUGGCUCAGAAUUUUAGUGACAGCCUGGCCGAUGCCUACCAGGAGUCCUGAGAGUGGGCAAGCUGCUGGUCUGACUGGCUCAGGGCACUCAGGAGGGACUGGAGCCCAGACAGGCUCUCGAGUGCUUUCCUGUUUUCAAGCUCCUGUCUCGUGAGAGGAGGGAGGGAACCAGCGGGUCAUGGGGGGCUCAGGCCCGUGGCUGAGGGUGUAUGGUAGGGCUCCUGCUCCUAAGCGCCACCUGUAGGCUGCUUUUCUGGUUCUAGUGUGGGGAACACCUGCAGCUCCCUCCCUCUUGUGGUCGUAUGAGGAUAUGCACAUUUCUUCCUCCACCCACUGCAAGGAUACAGCUCUGAAGGUGGGAUGAUGUCCCCAGUGGUUUGUAGUCAUGAUCGUGUGUUGGAAUUUUGCCCUCACACUGAUCAGGUCUAGAGACCACCGGUUGAUGGGGAGAUGUGUCCAGGAAAGCCCGGGAAUGCUGCUUAGCCAUCUGUAAGCGGAUGCAUAGCUAAUGACCAGCAACCCUGCAGCAGUUGGGUCAGAGACAGAGCCCAUGGCGGGGGGGGGGGGGGACCUACAGUGCUUCCCAAGCCUGCAGCCCCUUCUCAGGGAAAAGUGGACGGCUGUAGGGACCAGGAAGCAUCUUGUCCUUGCCGCCAGCAGCAGGGCAGCCUGCGCCUGCCCACUGGCUAUGUGGCCACCUCCCCACAUGCUGUGCCUCUGGGUUUUUGUAUCAUGUUGCCUGAGAUCCUGUGACUGGGGUCACCCUGCAGUAGGCAGGGACACUGAGAACCAUUAAUAAAGUGGCCACUUGGUUGGUGGUAAGAUCCCA